AUGCAAGCAGGAGACAAGAUUAGUGGAUUCCACCUUAUUCCUUUCCUAUUUCCUACUUUGCUCUUUUACUGUAUAUUUUCUGACCUCAUCUUACCUCAUCUAUUCCUUCCUUUCUCUUUUUCGUAUUUGUUCUUGGUUUCGUCUUCUUUCUUUUCUUUCCUUCAUUCGCACAUUUUUUUAAUCUUAUUUGCUGCUUUUAUUCAUUUCUUUUUUUUUUCGUUUUUCUCAGUUUCCCGUAUUCUUUCUUUCUUAUUUCACUUUAUUAGUUCCAUUCUUCAUCUUUCCUUCUUUCCUUUCCUCUUUCAACCAUUCUUUCUUUCGUUUGUUCAGUUGUUUUCUUUCACUUACGCACACACACAUUCUCUCUCUAUCGUUUUUUCUUUUCUUAAUUGUAUAAUUCCAUCUAUUUCAUUCAUUAAUCGCUUUUCUUUCUUUUUCUUUCUUUCUUUUUCUUUCUUUCUUUCUUUCUUUCUUUCUUUCUUUCUUUCUUUCUUUCUAAUUUACUUUCUUUCUUAA